UUAAAUGUAUUGGCCUACAAAAUUUAUUGUCGUUUGUUAAUUCUAUUACUUCGUCUUGAAUAAUAACAUAUGGGCUUUAAACAAUGUUUUAUAUGCCCUAUUGAUAUUGUUUGAUGUAAUAUAAAAAAGCUUUUCAACAACAUAAACAUCUGUUGCAUGUAAAUAGAUGUCAAACAGAAGCUGUGGUGCCACCUAUUGGUUUAAUGUGGAAACACGCUCUGGCAACAUUAUUUCUUUCAUAGGAAAAUUGAAGUUCAAUAAAAAAAGUUACUUAAAUCCAAAUCUAUCUAUAAAAAGCCUAAUCGAUGUCUGCCAUUAUAAUCAGUAAUUCUAAGUCACGUCAUCUUUAUGCCAACAACUUUCCGAUCGGUUUGUCGGUUCCUGAAGCAGCAGCAUUAGAAAGGUUUUCGCCACCUAUUGGACUGUACUGUCAAGGUUUCGUUUAAAACAGAAAAUACAAAAUGCCAUAUAAUACAGUAAAAAAUCUAACUUCAACAUAACCAUGUAGCAGCACAAAAAAAUGUAAAACUGAAUGAAAAAUACUACUAAUAAAUGAAGAAAAAUUAAUUUGACUACAUCUGUCCCACAAGAAGUACACUCAUUACGAUUCAUAAUAAAAAUUUAACCUCUUUAGCUUCCGGGAGUAAAAAGGAACGGACAGAACCCCUUACUCUGAUCUGUGACACUUUCUGCACCAGAAGUGAUCUUAAACCGCUGUUAAUUCAACUUUUAUCCAAACAAUGCUGGCUAUUAAUUACCAAAUUACAUAGUCUUGGUAUCGCAGUUGAAUAAUAACCUAUAAUAUAGGCCUGCCUCUUAUCAACUGAGCAAUGUUUUUUAACAGAGACAAAUCCACUUUGAUUACAAGAUAAGUUGUACUGUACAAAAACAACAUGAUUAAGAAAACAUCCUUCUCCAACCAUCAUGUGAAAAUCACUGGGUCCCCUACACAGGGUCAACAUGCAAUAAUCGGUGAAAAUGUAUCAUAUAAAAGUCAUUUUCAAGAAAGGUACCUGCACUAACAUGAUUUAUUUAUUAUAUUUAUCCAAAAGUGAUGAUUUUGUGUAUUGAUUCCUUGUCACAUCUGUGUCAAUCGGUUGUUCACUGGUCAGUGAGAAGGCGGGAUCUCUGCAUCAGACUCCAGGCACCUCAAUAUUGUAACACUUCUCAGGGUUUGGUUUAUCAUUUUGUUGUGUUCUCUGAAAGUAAGAGGAAAAUGUCAACAUGUUUGAUUUUGUUCUUGUGGAGUCUGUCUGGUGUGUUUAGUGAGUCUGUGACUGAAGGAGAUUCUGUUACUCUAUCUGUGAAUCUCACUGAACAGCAGAUGAAUGGGGGAAUCUACUGGAUGUUUGGAGAAAUUCUAAUAGCUGAAACAGAAAAUGAGAUCAAGUUCGCCAGUUACCGUGAAGACGGAGCUGAUGGAAGAUUCAAAGACAGACUGGAGUUAAACUUACAUAACGGAUCUCUUACCAUCAAGAACAUCACAAUCACAGACUCGGGACUUUAUAAAGUCAUCAAAAAAGACUCAAAGACCAAACUCAAGUUAUUCAACAUGACUGUCUAUGCUCGUCUGCCGGUUCCUGUCAUCACCAGAGACUCUUCAUCUUCAUUCUCAAAUUGUUCUGUGUUGUGUUCAGUGAUGAAUGUGGCACAUGUGAGUCUCUCCUGGUACAAAGGAAAGAGUUUAUUGUCCAGCAUCAGUGUGUCUGAUAACAGUAACAUCAACAUCUCUCUUCGUCUGGAGUGUCUGGAUGAUUCUUACACAUGUGUAGUGAACAAUCACAUCUCAAAGCAGACUCAACAUCUCAACACUGAUGUCUGUCACAAGUGUUCAGAUGUCUCUGACUACAUCUGCAAGUGUACUUUUACUGAAGCUGUGAUCCGAUUGGUCAUCUCUGCUCUGGUGGGUGUGGCUGGUGUUGCUGUUAUGGUUUAUGACGUCAGAUCCAGAAGAGAUUAGGGUCGAUUGAGAUGCAUCUUGCUUCGCCUGAAAUGAAGACGAGAGUAGGCGGCUGCAGUGAGUGGAGGAGUCAAAAAAGUGCAGGCAAGCAGGACACUUCCAGAAUCUCGCUGUGUUGUUGGACUGCAAAGUCAGCAAUGGAAGAGAUUGUGACUGUGUUUUUUUAUCGCGGACGAAGCAGAUGCAAUUGAAGUACCCCUAUUUUUACAUGAAGAUGAGGACAAUCUUUUUUAUAUAUUAUUAAACGUUGCUUUUAAGGCACAGUGGCCCUAAUAAAUUGUGAACUUCUUCUUCAAGAACUUCUUCACUUCUUCAACAAUUUCUAUCAGGGUUCAAUUUUUUUCAGCAGGGAUUAUAGACACCCAAGAAACAACCAAAAACCUUUUCAGUUGAUUUGUUAUAGCUGUCAGGUAUUAUUGUAUCUUUGAUUGUCUUUAUUAUUUAAAAAAAUUGUAAGCUGAUUAAAAUGUAAAAUUGUAACUUGCAUAGAAGCAUCUGCUAAAAUGUUUACAAACAUGUAAUCAUGCAGCUUUCUAUGGUUUGUUUGAAACACACAUGUUUGUUUUACACUGUGGGGCAUUUCUGCACGCUUUCUGCAUUUGUACAUUUUCAAAUAAACAUCAUAUAUUAUUCUUAUUGA